GAGACCGCAUUGCGGUAUGGGUUCGUGAUAAGGAUAAUGUUAGUGUAAUUAAUGGAAUUGGGCGACGUUUAUUAAAAAUUCUUGAUUUACAAAAUGAAAAAGGGAUUGGGAUGGAUUUUCAGUUUAAUGAAGAUGCGUUGAAAUCCGGUACAUCAUAUAAUAAUCGUGUAUACCUAUCUCUUGAAAGUCUUAAACAAGAAUUAGAAAAUGAAGAAAAGGCUAGACUAGAAGAACUUGCUAAAUCAGCAAAAAGACAAAGUUUAAAUUUUGAAGACUUUAAAGCUAAUGUUACUGUGUCCACUCCGGAUAUUGUCACCAUAGACGUGGAUGCUGAAAUAGACGCUGCUAAUGCAAAAAUUAAAUUAACCAAUGAAAAUAAUAAAGAAAAUGAUGAUUAUCAAGACGAUAAUCACAACGAAAAUAAUGACAAUCAAGAUGACAAUAUAGAAGAAAAUGGUGAUUAUCAGGAUGAUAGCUGUCAUGAUGAUAACCAUCAAGAUAAAGAUUCAACCUGCUUACCCACCGAUCCGGUGACCGAUAUUUGUAAUAAUGAUCCAAAGUAA